AUGGCUAUAAUUACGUUUAUAAUUUAUGCCACAAUUACCCUGGCUUCCCUGGCCGUGUAUAUGAUCAAGAAACGUCUCAACUAUUGGAAAGAACUUGGAAUACCCCACGAUGAACCCACUCUAAUGGGUGGUAAUCUACAUGGUCUAAUGACCACACGCAGUUUUGCCCAGUGUACACGAGAACCCUAUGAACGUCAUCGCGGCUCGGGACCUUUCUGUGGAUUUUAUUUUUUCCAACGGCCAGCGGUGUUGGUGUUGGAAACCGAAUUGGCUAAGAACAUUUUAAUUAAAGACUUUUCGAAAUUUACCGAUCGUGGUUUGUUUCACAAUGAGGAGAGUGAUCCGCUGACCGGGCAUUUAUUCCUUUUGGAUGGUGCAAAAUGGAAAAAUUUACGCAAUAAAUUAUCGCCGACUUUUACAUCGGGUAAAAUGAGGUUUAUGUAUCCCACCAUUACGGAGGUGGCGGAUAAUUUUGUAAAAGUUUUCGGUGAGAUGAGUCAGGCGAACAAAAAUGGUGUUGUGGAAAUCAAAGAACUCCUGGCCCGCUUUACCACCGAUGUCAUUGGCAAAUGUGCCUUUGGCAUUGAAUGCAACAGUUUGAAAGAUCCCAAUGCGGAAUUUCGUAUUAUGGGCAAGAGAUCUCUGACGGAACGUCGACACGGCAAAUUGUUAACCGGCCUCAUACAAGGUUUCCCGGGCUUGGCGAGAAAAUUAAAAAUGCGAAUUGUCCACGAUGAUGUGCACAAUUUCUUUAUGCGUAUUGUUCGCGAAACGGUGGCCUAUCGUGAGGAGAAUAAUAUCAAGGCAAAUGAUUUCCUAUCGAUUUUAAUUGAUCUGAAAAAUGGUGAAGGCAAGUCGGAUGGUGUCACCUUAAGUUUGGAGGAAAUGGCUGCGCAGGCUUUUGUUUUCUUUUUGGGUGGUUUUGAAACUUCCUCUUCGACAAUGGGUUUUGCCUUAUAUGAACUGGCCUUGAAUCAAGAUGUACAGGAUAAGCUGCGUGAUGAAGUAAAUGAGGCAUUUACGGAGGAUGGUAGUAUUAGUUAUGAAUCGUUACAUGGGCUGCCAUACUUGGGACAAGUUAUAUCGGAAACCCUCCGCAAAUAUACCAUCGUACCACAUCUGAAUCGCCAAGCCCUUGUCGAUUAUGUUGUGCCGGGCAAUCCUAAAUAUGUAAUCCCUAAAGGUAUGCCCAUCCUCAUACCAGCCUAUGGUAUGCACCACGAUCCUAAACUUUAUCCAAACCCGGAGAAAUUUGAUCCUGAACGUUUCGAUGCGAAUGCCGUUAAACAACGUGAUUCCGUUGAGUUUUUAGCAUUCGGUGAUGGUCCGCGCAAUUGUAUUGGCAUGCGUUUUGGUAUCAUGCAGACGCGUGUUGGCAUGGCCUAUUUGCUGAGACAUUUUAAAUUCUCCGUAUGUGAAGAGACUGAAGUUCCACUGAUCUGGGACAAGGCAUCAUUUGUAUUGUGUUCGAAAAAUGGUAUUUAUUUAAAGGUAGACAAAUUGUAA